CAAAAAAAACAAAACAAUGGCAAAAGGCUUCUUUUUCUUGACAUUGGCUUUGCUUCUGCUAUCAACUGCAAAAGCCAGGCCUCUUUCCAAUGACCUUCAGAAGCAACCAUUUUCUACGCCAGAAUCGAUAAGUUUCAUUGAUGGUGAGUGCAGAGGUUUGAAUGAUGAAGAAUGUAUGAUUAGAAGGUCAUUGGCUGCUCAUACGGAUUAUAUUUAUACCCAGGAAAAUGAUGCUCCAUGAUCUUUUCUCUAUGAAUUCCAAUCUUUACUUCUCUGGAAUGUUCACAACUUAAACUGCUCACUUCUUAUGUUUUUUGCCAUUGAUAAAGGUUAUAACCUAUGUAAAUCGAAAUCAUGGCAUGUAUUAAAUGAAUCUGAUAGACCGAUCAAAGAUCAUAU